GUUGCUGUGUCUGUGUUAAAAUGUGGAAAGCAGUUGAUCCAGUGACCGUCGUGAGAUUGCUUAGAAAGAUUAUUUAACAGGUGUUCGUGUUAACAGCAACCGUUGAAACAGUAUCACCCACGCUUUCCGUUUAUUUCCAGCGUUUGAAAUUUACUAGAAAAUUAGACAACAGUAUAUUGAUGGUGUUUAAAAUGGGUGAACCACAAAAGAUGGCGGCCUUCCUAAGGGAGAGGUGCGACAGUGGAAUGUACAACCUUCGCUACCUUGAUGCGGAACAAAACCUAGUGUUUAUACCUUGGCCUGUAGCACCAAGACCUACCGAGGAAUUACCACCUGGAUUCCGGAUAUUUCAGGAAUGGGCGGAACUAUCGUUCAUAAAGAGAGGGCUCACCAUAGAUCAACCUGAAGCCCCAACCACACAAAAACAUAGGUUUCGUAACGCAUUAAGGAAAGCAGAUGGAAUCACGCAUAAGGGGGAUAGAGACGGUGGGAGGAUAUACCAGUUUGUAGAUAAAAAGAUUCGUGAAACCCCAAGCAGCAGAAACAUGGCUGCGGGAAGUAAGUGUUCCUAUCACUCUUUCCACAACGACGAGUUCAGUCCGUUCAAUUCAGCAUACCCGCCCCAACAAGCAAACUACCAACAGCAACAACAGCCACCACCACCUGACACAGCAGGAUCGCCCUACUUUGAAACAGGGGACCAACUUUCCCUUCAACCAAACAAUCUCACCCAGGGUUUACCCGAGAAUUGGCUCGACAGUGAGAUGGAUGGAGUCGACAUCGAGUUGGACGACCUAAUCCCCGACAUGCUGGAUGAUGGGCCAAUACCAAUCAACCCAAGCUUCACCACACAACCCGACGAUACUACCAACCCACAUCGCAUUACACCACAAUACCACCCCGUCGGUAUCCCUCUACCACGACGACAAGUAACAGAUCACACGAAACUACAAAUCAAAGUUUUCUACAGAGGGGAGGACAGGUUCACACACGAUGUAACAAACGAGAAUGGCUGCAGGGUUUACUACGGAUCAUGCGCGCCGAAACUUGCACAAUAUUUAAACCCUGUCCAGUUAUUGAACCAACGACACGACACAGAACAACUGUAUGGGCCGGAUUCAAUUGAACAAGUGCAGCUAACAUCUGACGAGCAGUUCAUGCUGACAAUGAAACAGAAGCAAAGUACGGAUGCCAUACUUAACAAUAUGGGACGAGGGCUAGUGUUGAUACUGGACAACCAGAAUGCUGGGCGCAGUGGUGGGGUACCCGAUGUUCAUGCUAUCAGGCUGUGCCAGACCCGGAUCUUCCCAUACAAUGGAGACGAUAUGGCGAGGAACGAACAUGAGCAACAAGCGUGUGGUUUGCCACCAGUUGAUUCAUUGAAGAGAAUGGAAUGGAACAAAGUAUUCGACGGGCACGAGUUCUAUCGGCGUUUAUCAAUGGCCACCAACUCGUCCAAGUUCCCGUGCCCAUCUUUCAGUCUUUCCCUUGGACAACGGGCGAACGGGAAGCAAAAGUCAGCUUUGUUCGUUAUGAUGACGGUGCGCGUGCAGAAGGCUUACCAGGCGAUACAAGCCAAGUUGGAAAACAGCAUCGAGUGCGAGGUUUAUAUAUCGGGCACAACAUCCAUGGAUGAAGACGCCUUACGUUUGGCGCGGAAGAUCAAAGAAACUUUAACUUUGGAGUAACAUGUGUGGGUAUUGGGGGAUAUGGGUUACUUUGGCGUGUGGGAUAUAUCAUGGAAAACACUCGCUUUGGGAAAAAUUAUUUAGCUAUAUAUGGACAUUGGUGUAAGAGAAAAUUACCUUACAAAUUUCCGAGUUAAGUUAAACGCGAAUAUUAUAUAGGUGUCAAUCAUCGAAGUUUGCAUCGUAGCUUUGUACCUGGGGAUAAACCUGUGUGAUUUUCUCAAUAUGGAAACAUUCCAUUAUUAUAACCCACCCUUAUGCUAGCAAAGCUGUUUCCGAAACUCUUUAUCCAUGUUUAGAAAAUGCGGUUGUACUUUAUAUAUUUUGAUCAAUGUAGUAGGGUGGGGAAAGAUGGGACACCAAUUCGUUCUAUUUUCUCGUCCCAUGUGGUAGUAAACAAAGAACAUUCAAAGAAUUAGAAAACCGUAUCCUCACGGCUCCCUUAGACCGUUGUUAAUUGUUUAAAACACGAUCAGGAUAUUUGGUUAUUAUGUGUUAAAGGCGUCCCGUCUUCCCCACCUUACAAAACUUUUGUAAAUAUAAAUCACUUCCAUGUAAUCACAUGCUUGCCACAGCAUUAAGUUAAACGAAAUGUUGUAACGCAAACACGAACAAUAAAUGCACUGUACGGCCUGUACCCAGUCUGCGGAGUAUGACAGGUGCAUUUCACUCACUUUUGGUUGUGCACACCAUAAUUUGUUCUACCACGCCAAUUAAUUAAAAACUAAAAAAAUAGGUAGGAACUGCCAUACUCUGCAGACUGGGCGUGUACCAUACAAUAUUAAAUAAAAAGCUUGGUAAAGAAUAUGAAAAUGCAGUUUAUUAUCAAUUGUGGUUUAAACAAAGUAAUCCAAACGAAUCUUCACUUGCCGCCAUGAAUACAGAAAUUGUCGGAAAGGUAUUUUAGAAAAUACUGCUUGAUCCGAUACUACUGCUGGAUAAAUAAAACGAAGCGUAUACAUAG